AUGGCGACUUCACUACGAAGCACAGUAGAUCGCCUCGACCGGCCAAGCGCCUACUACAACAGCAGAUUCAACAAGCGCCGCCGCAACGAUCGCGACCACCAGAACGACGAGCCCGCCGCCGAGCCAGAGCAGCCGCCCGAGGACCCCCUGGCGAACGCGACUACGCUGUACGUCGGAAACCUCUCGUUCUUCACGACAGAGGAGCAGGUCUACGAGCUGUUCAGCAAGUGCGGCGAGAUCAAGCGGUUGAUCAUGGGGCUGGACCGGUUCAACAAGACGCCCUGCGGGUUCUGCUUCGUCGAGUACUUUACGCACCAAGACGCGCUCGACUGCUUGAAGUACAUUGGUGGCACGAAGCUGGACGAGCGCAUCAUCCGCACGGACCUGGACCCAGGCUUCGAGGAGGGACGUCAGUAUGGCCGGGGCAAGUCGGGAGGACAAGUCAGGGACGAGUACCGAGAAGAUUUUGAUGAAGGCCGAGGUGGAUUGGGGAGGGCAAUUCAAGAAGACCGCAGGGACGACUACGACGAGACUCGAGGGAGAUGA